AUCCCUCAGCGGACACCCAGCGCUCCUGUUUGGGAAGACCAAGUCUGCAGCAAAAGUGCCUGUAUCUCUGGAUUUGGAGGAUUUUCCAAGAACCAACUGUGAUGUAAAGCUGCAAGAGUCAUGUCAUUUGAAAGAUUUCAGCUCGUUGGGAAAAUGACUUUGUGAAUACCGAAAUGUGUAAUUAUGAAGUUGGGGUUGCUGGUCACAGGGGCCCUUCCCCCCUUCCCGAUGCCUGUCACAGAGCAGCCGUGCUGGGCUUCAUCUGAAGGGAUGCACCAUGGUGUGAUCGCACGUCUGUCCUGCCCCAGACUCAAUGAAUCGCACGAAUGAAUGGACACUACUGUGGCAAAGGGAAUUAGCUCGGUUGCAUAGGGACUUUGGAUUCGGGAACACUGGAGCAGGCCGGAGAGCGUUGGAUUUUUAUUUGAAGAACUGCCGUGGAUACUUCAAGGAGUGUUUUAGGAAGAUGUCUGAGUCGGGAGCCGAGGCGUCUACAUCUCAGCCUCAAAAGCGGAAGCAGGUAGUUCAUGGUCUGGAUGAUCAGAAAAAGAUCUACACGGACUGGGCGAAUCACUACUUGGCCAGAUCUGGACACAAGCGUCUGAUUAAAGACCUGCAGCAGGAUGUGAGCGAUGGUGUGCUGCUGGCGGAGAUCAUCCAGGUUAUCGCAAACGAGAAGAUUGAGGACAUUAAUGGAUGCCCUAAGAGUCGUUCUCAGAUGAUUGAGAACAUUGAUGCCUGUCUGAGCUUCCUAGCAGCCAAAGGUGUGAACAUACAGGGACUCUCAGCUGAAGAGAUCCGGAAUGGAAAUCUGAAAGCCAUCUUGGGACUUUUCUUUAGCCUGUCUCGAUACAAGCAGCAGCAGCAGGCGUUCAGACAGACACACACACAACACACACAUUCACACACUCCCUUAAGCCAGCAGAGCAGCGCUCCGGCCCAGCUGAUCUCCACCUCGCAUGGGACACACACCUCAACCUCUCACACACACAGAACACAGGCAGAGAUGCAGUCCAGAUUACCUGGGCCCACCUCGAGGAUGUCCACUGCGGGCAGUGAGAGUUCUCCUCGAGGGUCCAUCAGUUCAGCAGGGAAUCGCCGCAGUCAGGUGUUCAGCGAUAAAGCCAAACCUGCAGCAGCUCAGGCCAAAGAAUCAUCAGAGAGUAUCACCUCACAAGGUGUGACUGAGCACGCUCUGUCAUCCGCCUGCACCUCUGUUAGCACCAGCACUGUGGCAUCUUCAUCUUCGUCGUCAGCCAUCCCCCAUCCCAACUCGAGUAGCAAACCCUGGAGAAUCAAAACUCAGAGCACCAAGCACACUGCUACCUCCUCCGCUUCCUCAACGGUGCUUUCCAUCAAGCCAGAUCUCCAAGCCAAGCAGCCCGUGCCUGCAGAUCCACCACCGAAAGCUGUGCCUCAGAAGUCCAUGCUGGAGAAACUCAAACUUUUCAAUAGCAAAGGAGCCUCCAAAUCAUCCGCGCAAACAGAGGGCGCUGUUACGCCGACAGCAGGAAAAGAUGCCGGGUUGAGUUCGGAAAGAGUCGAGGCUGGUUCCAAUACAGAACCCUUUGUGGAAACGGAUGGUAACGUCAGACCCGCGAACGGAUCAAGUUCUUUUAACAUGACGACCAGCAGCCCAAAGAUUGCUCUGAAGGGCAUUGCGCAGCGGACAUUUAGCCGGGCGCUCACGGCAAAAAAAGCCUCAACUAAAGCUGUAGAGAAAGACAAGGAAAAAGCUAAGGACAAGGACAAAAACGGGAAGGAGUCCAAGCGUGUCCCUGCCUCGGAAAAGGUGGAGACCAAAGAAGAGGUUAAGGAGGAAGUUGUUCCCUCAAGCGGAGUUGCUCUCUCAGAGGCAGAGCCAAGGAAAGCCUCCAAGAUCGGCAUCUUUAUACCCAAAGGCGGCAAGGUGGGCGUUACCAAGAAAGAUAGCUCCGCCCCUGCACAUAGCGGAAUUCCAAAACCAGGAAGUAAAAUCACAGGAAAUGGAGCGGUAAAAAGCUCAGCGCUGCCUCUCGGUGGUAAGGAUAAUGAGAGGCCACGCAGUAUGCGUCUGGGAGGGGGUCUGGGACUUCAUAGGGACAGUCGGCAUUCCUCGUCCUCUUCCAGCCUGGCUUCCACCGAGGGUAAAGGACACCAAACGCACAGUGGUGCCCCAGUGGCCAACGGGACACAAUCCACGGCCUGCAACACGGUCAGUGUGCAGCUGCCUCAACCCCAGCAGCAGUACAACCACCCCAACACAGCCACCGUAGCACCCUUCAUGUACAGGUCUCAGAAUGAGAUAGAUGGAAACAUCGGCUCAAACCCAAGCUCUGGAUGCCUCACUAGUGACUCCUGUAGCUUCAGUAAGAUCAGCCAGUCUUCAACUGAGGACCUGUCAGGUGAAGAUCCAGAGUCCAGACGCCUGAGGACAGUCAAAAACAUUGCUGACCUGAGACAAAAUUUAGAAGAGACCAUGUCAAGUUUGCGGGGGACACAAAUCACACACAGUACACUGGAGACCACUUUUGAUGGUAGCGUGACCACUGAAAUGAGCGGUCGCGGCAUCCUCAGCAUGGCAUCGCGACCUGCGCCGCUGUCCUGGGCCAGUCGCAUGGGCCAGUCCAGUCCCCGUCUACAAGCAGGAGAUGCUCCCUCGGUUGGUAACGGGUAUCAGUCCCGGAGCGGAGGGGUGGUGCCUGGUCAAGGCCGGUAUCUGUACCCGGGUCCUCUCCGAAAGCAGCUGGCGGCGCGUGGCAGCGCCCUCUGUGGUCUGGAGCUGGGGGACAGGGUGGAGGAUCUGGAGCUGGCAGGAGUGGGGCUGGAGAUGAGUGGAUAUAUGAGUGAUGGAGACGUGCUGGCGAAGAACGCCCGCACUGAUGAGCUGACCAGCGGGUACAUGACGGAUGGGGGAUUGAGUCUGUAUACGCGGCGAUUGAACCGGAUGCCGGAUGGAAUGGCAAUGGUACGAGAAAGUCUGCAGCGCAAUGCCUCCACCGGCCAGGGAGACGCCGACAGUUGGGAUGACAGCAGCUCAGUCAGCAGUGGGAUCAGUGAUGCUAUUGAUACUGAUGACAUCAACACCAGCUCCUCCAUAAGCUCCUAUGCCAACACCCCCGCCGCGUCCCGUAAGGCCCUGAAUGGACAGACAGACAUAGAGAAGCAUUCUGCGGGCGAACGCAACACUGCUUGGUCCAGUGAUGAGGUCAAGAAGUUGGAUGGGGGUUUGGAUUGUGGCAUCAAAAUGGAUGGAGGUCUGAAGUGGCGGAAGAAUCCUUCAGACGUGUCGGAGGAGUCGGAUAAGAGCAGCUGUGGACGGAAAGCUGCACCCAUCUCUCAGACCGGCUCUUGGAGGAGGGGCAUGAGUGCACAGGUGGGCGUGACCGUACCCCGGACCAAAAGCUCGACCGGAACCACUGGGACCGGCGCCAUUAAGACACAAGGGACAGGUAAAACAGAUGAUGCUAAGGUCUCAGAAAAAGGCCGUAUGUCUCCCUCUUCCAACAUCGUCCAGCAUUCUUCCUCGGACGCCGGCCGAAGCAGCGGAGACGAAGCCAAGAAAACCCCAGCAGGUCGAGUCCCCACAAGCACAUUCGGUUUCAAGAAGCCCAACGGCGUCCACACUGUGGGAACCACCUCCAGCAUCACACUGGUCACAGCGAGCGGCGCCACCAUUACCAGCGGCUCCGCCACCCUGGGCAAGAUUCCCAAAUCCUCCGCACUCCUGGUUGGUGGGAGAGGAUCUUUAAAAGGGCCUGUGGAUGGUUUAUUGCCCCCUCAGGAGGAUGCCUACCUGUCCCCCAGUGCUCGUUCAACUCUGCAGUACCGCAGUCUUCCUCGACCGUCCCGCUCCGGAGCCGCGGCCCGCAACGGAAACCGAUCGUCGACGAGCAGCAUCGAGUCGAGCCUGAGUGCCCGGACGCCCGCCCUUACCACCAUCACAGCCAAUAAGCCGAGAGAUUCCGCUCCUAAAACCAACGGGCACGUAAUCCAAGCCAAUCAGACGGACAAAGAGAAGGGCGUGACUUCAGAGAUGGACAACCUGAGAUCCAGUCCGAUUGUUUCGGGAGGAGGGGCUGCUACUAUUCCUCAGACAGCGAGGCAGGGGAACAAGUACAGUGAGGUCUCGUCCCCUACAUUGCGAAGACUUUUCGGAGGUAAGGCUGCCAAGCAAGCCCCAGUCACCACUGCAGAGAGCAUGAAAAACUCUGUGGUCAUCUCCAACCCCCACGCUACCCUUGGGCACACCCAGUCCUCCGGCGGGCCCUUGGACUCCCCCUCCACAGUGCCAGGUAGUGGCAGCAGCAGUCCCCUGUACGGGGGUCGCGGCGCCAGCGUAGGAGGCAGCGAACAAGCUUCGAGCCCUGGUUCGGUGUACUCCACGGGCACAGGGACCUGGGGAACCACCAUCAGCAGCUCUUCGGCUCUCGGGUACCCCUCCGUGAGCAGCAUGCACACCAGCAGCGAGUCCAUUGACAUGUCUGUAGGCAGCGGGCAUCACCGUGAGGACGUUCACCCGGCACUGAUGAGAACGGGUAGUGCCAAGACGGGCAUGUCAGAGAGUCCCCUCUCCUCUCCCUCUGCGAGUCCUAAAUUCAGCCGUAACACAUUGCCACGGAAGCAAGACAGCGGUUCCUGCAGUGAUAGAAGCACGCUUCCCAAGAGGGGACUCAAGUACAGGUACGCCCCUUCAUCACAGCUGCGUCAGGAAGAGGCGCGUGAUUGGCUGCGCUCACAUUCGGCUGGUGGAUUGCAGGAAUCAGCCAGUAACUCUCCCUUCUCCACCGGUUCCAGCUUGACGUCACCGUCUGGAACAAGAUUUAACUUUGCUCAACUUGGAAGCCCCACAACAGGUGCUCAGAUUAAUCUGGCCAGCCUUCGCAACAACAGCCUGACCAAUCAGGACGUCCCGCUGGACAGCCAUGGUGAUUCCCGUCUGCGCAACUCCUGCAUGUCGCUGGAUGAGAAGACCCGCACCAUGAGCCGGUCGGGAUCUUUCAGGGACGGGUUUGAGGAAGUUCAUGGAUCGUCCCUCUCUCUGGUGUCCAGUACCUCAUCUGUCUAUUCAACGACGGAGGAGAAAUCACAUUCAGAGAUCCGCAAGCUGCGUCGAGAACUGGACUCCUCCCAGGAAAAGGUGUCCGCCCUGACGACACAACUCAGUGCCAAUGCCCACCUGGUGGCAGCGUUUGAGCAGAGUUUAGGCAACAUGACCAUCCGCCUGAAGAGCCUCACCAUGACCGCAGAACAGAAAGAUUCUGAGCUGAACGAGUUGAGGAAAACCAUUGAGCUGCUAAAGAAGCAAAACGCAGUAGCUCAAGCAGCCAUCAACGGCGUCAUCAACACUCCUGAACUCUCCUGCAAGAGUGAACGCACAGGUAAAAAUGGUUCGUCCCCCGGAGCGCAGCCGGACCUGCGCAUGCGCAGACAGCACUCGUCGGACAGCGUCUCCAGUAUCACCAGUGCCACCAGCCACUCCAGCCUGGGCUCCAACAUGGACAACCCCGACUCCAACAGCAAGAAGAAGAAGAAGAACUGGGUGUAUGAGCUGCGAAGCUCCUUCAAACAGGCCUUCAGUAAGAAGAAAUCCCCCAAGUCGGCCUCAUCCCACUCAGACAUCGAGGAGAUGACGGAUUCCUCCCUCCCUUCCUCUCCCAAACUCCCUCACAACGGCACCGGCACCUCAGCACUGCUGCUCCGCAACACACACUCCAGCUCAAUACUGUCGGACUGUCUGGAUGGGGAGGCGGAGACUGUGAUGCAGUUGCGUAAUGAGCUGCGAGAGAAGGAGAUGAAGUUGACGGAUAUUCGACUGGAAGCCCUAAGCUCCGCCCACCAGCUGGACCAGCUGCGCGAGGCUAUGAACCGCAUGCAGGUGGAGAUCGAGAAGCUAAAGAUGGAAAAUGAUCGUCUUAAGUUGGAAAGCCAAGCCAGUGGAAGCAGGGCGUCCUCUCAAGUGUCCGUCUAUAACCCAACUCCGACCCCGACGCCUGGCCUGUCUCAACACAGCCUCAAUCUCACAGAGUCCACCAGCUUCGACAUGUUGCUGGAUGACUCAGGUGGAGACGGAAGCUCUCGGAAAGAGAGCAGACAUGUGAAAAUAGUUGUCAGUCUUCAAGAGGACGUCAUGUGGAAAGAGGACACCAGGAAUCGAGAUUUCCUGAUCGGCUGCAUUGGUGUCAGUGGAAAAACCAAGUGGGACGUUCUCGAUGGAGUUGUACGGCGCUUGUUUAAGGAGUACGUCAGGCAUGUCGAUCCGGUCAGUCAUCUGGGUCUGGGUUCAGACAGUGUCGAGGGCUAUCGUAUUGGAGACGUGAUCCGGUCCAGCGGGACAGACACACCUGAACUCUUGCCGUGUGGAUACCUCGUUGGAGAGAAUGACACGAUCAACGUCUCGCUGAAAGGUGUGAACUCCCAGUCCCAGGAUUCUCUGGUCUUCGAGACGUUGAUUCCCAAAGCCAUGCUCCAGCGCUACGUGUCUUUGCUCCAGGAGCAUCGCAGGAUCAUCCUUUCAGGCCCCAGUGGCACUGGGAAAUCCUACCUGGCCCACAGACUGGCGGAGCAUCUGGCCCUGCGAGAGGGAAAACUGCCCAAUGAGAGCAGCAUCGUCACCUUCAAUGUCGACCAUAAAUCCAGCAAAGAGUUGCGUCAGUACUUGGCAAAUAUAGUGGAUCAGUGCAGCGCUGACGGGCCGGAGACUGAAGCCCCUCUUGUGCUCAUCCUGGAUAACCUUCAUCACGUCAGCUCACUGGGAGAGAUGUUCAACGGCCUGCUGAACUGCAAAUACCAGCGCUGCCCGUAUAUAAUCGGCACGAUGAGUCAGGCGACAUCUUCUGCUCCAAACCUGCAGCUUCAUCAUAACUUCAGAUGGGUGCUGUGUGCUAAUCACAUGGAGCCGGUGAAAGGUUUCCUGGGCCGGUUUCUGAGGAGAAAGCUGAUCGAGACUGAGAUCGGCAGCCGAACACGGACCCUGGAGCUGGUGAAGAUCAUCGACUGGAUCCCUCAAGUCUGGCACCACCUCAACCGCUUCCUGGAGGCUCACAGCUCCUCUGAUGUGACCAUCGGUCCACGUUUGUUCCUGUCGUGUCCGAUGGAUGUGGACGGUUCUCGUGUUUGGUUCACUGACCUGUGGAACUACUCCAUCAUCCCCUACAUGCUGGAGGCUGUGAGAGAAGGCUUACAGCUGUAUGGUCGCAGGGCAGCAUGGCAGGAUCCUGCGCUGUGGGUUCUGGAAACUUUUCCCUGGGCGGCUUCUCAUCAGCAUCCUGAUUGGCCAGCUUUGUUGCAGCUCCGCCCAGAGGACGUGGGCUUUGAUGGAUACUCCGCCUCCAGAGAGGGCCUUAACAAACAGAGCACUCAGAGCGACAGCGACGCCGACCCGCUGAUGAACAUGCUCCUGCGUCUGAAGGAGGCGGCCGGCUGCUCCAACCCGCAGAGUUACGACAGCGACUCCAACAGCAACAGUCAUCAUGACGAUAUCCUGGACUCUUCCCUGGAGUCCACACUCUGAUUCAGCCUUCAAAUCAAGUCUACAUGAAAUCACAACGGGUGCUGGCAACCCAAAUAAAGACGAAAAUAUAUAAAAAGAUAUAUAUAUAAAGAAAUAUAUAAACGGCAAAACGCAAUGGCACUCUAAGCUGCCUCUUGAGAACCACUUAAAUUUUACAUCGGCAAAAUCAGAAGAAAGUCCUUUGUCCCAAUUUUUACCUCAAAAGUAAAAGUGCGGUCACGUGAGCGAAUUUCUACGAAUUGUCAAUAGUGUAGCGACGUAUAAAUCCAUGUGACCAACUUCGCCCUGUCACGAAAUUACAGAUUGCGUGGAUUCCUAUUGAAAGAGUGGAUUUCACCCGCAAAAUGUGACCACACCUUAACAAUCGGAGAAACUUUGGCGCACAUGCAAUGCUCGCUUGAUUUACUACCCUCUACUGGUCAAAUGGCGGAGUUACAUCUUCAGACCACCACCUUCAUCGCCUUUCCCUCUAUUGAUGGAUUUGCUCAUGACUUUACAAAACCAGCUUGAUCGGAUUCUGACCAAUCGCUUCAUGUUUAACGGGAUAAAGAUAUGGAUGAAAUAGCAUGGUGCUACACUUUUGAGUUUAGACUUAUUUAUUGUGACGAUUGGGGGAAAAAACAAACUCAUUUGCCCUCCCGCAUAAUAAUGUCUUUUUUUAAAGCACCUGCUGACCGCAUGAUCCAUUGUUGUACUGUAGCACAAAGCCUAUCUAUCUGUUUUUUACACUCGAUCGCUCUCUGUUUUUGGUGCUGAAUGGAAUCCGGUGCCUUACUCCAUUUUGUAAAGAAAACGGCACUAUGUUUUAUACUUCCGAAAAAUGCUGAUUUGAUUACGUUUCGUAAUUGAGCUACAGGGCUCUGCGCUACUCUUUGAGUUGGCCUAUAAUAAACAGCCUCAUAGUCAUCAUAUCAUAUCAGAGGUGCGACAUUGUGAGGUUUGAAGAAGAGGAAGUGGAUAAAGGGAGCUUUGUGUAGCCUACUUUUCAGGCACAGUUACAAUAGCAUCACUUUCUUGAAAACGUUCAAAUGUGAGACAAAUGAUGCCUUUACACACGUGAAAUGCAUAUAAUCACUACCGGCGAAGUGCAUCUCGAGUGGUUUAGCUGUAAGGCUUUGCUUGGUGCUUAAAGACCUUCUCAAAAACAUCUUGGCAAAAGCACCGUGUGCUGCAGGAGAACUCGUUCAUUAUUUGGUGUAUGAGUAUUACCUCAUUGACCAUUUUGGCCUUUAUCGUGUACAUAUCUUGCAUUCAAUGUGAAAGACAUAGACAUAGGUCCACAUAGACAUUGGAUUCGUAAUAUACUGUAUUUGCUGCUUCGUAAUGCAAGGACGCCUCUGGGGGGUUUGUACAUAAAAGUUUUAUCUUUGAUCCUCUAUAAAGGAACGUUAUUUGGAUGGAUAGUAAGUUUCCUUGCAUGGGAAAGCAUUAUAUAUGGGGCUAUUUCAGUGUUUUCACCUUCUUUACGUUGUCUAAUGCUGUUCGAAUGGCACUACAGGGUUUUAGUUACAACAUCGCUUCCAUUUCACUCCAGCGUAUGAUUCCUGUAAGUCAUCGAUCCUAUGCAACAUCAUCGCGGAUUUAAAACGGAAGCCAAAUAUCGAAGCUCUGUAAUGCUGUCAGCACUGCCAAUACAUUGUGUAUAUAAUGUGUGAAUAAUUUUAGGAUAUGUGCCUAAUAUUCUUUGAUGGAUUAUGAUGAUGAUGAUGAUGAAGUCAUUUUAAGCACAAAUGUUGUAUGUGAUUGUUGUAACUGAAACGGGAGGGCUAUAAUCGAACAGAACCCGUGUCACUGAAUGUGUACUUUGCUGAAACCUUGUUUCUUGCUGUAAUAUAUCAGUGUAAAUAUUUGACUACCCUGCAGGCUGCAUUUUGCUGAAUAAUCUUUUUCUAGCCAUUUAUAACAGUGCUUGGAAAUAUGGAAUAUUUUGUGUACAGUGUCUUUUUCAUCUUACCGGUCGUCUAGGUUCCCACGGAUGAUCUGUGAAACGCAAGACGACCCACGAAGAUUUACUGAUCCCAUUACCAGGUUUAAAUUAUUUCUAAUUCAAUAAACCUAAUGAUUAUUUAUUGUUUAUUAGUUUUAUGAUGUCUACACUGCUUCAUGCAAAGCACAUUGAUGAAAAAGAAAUUAUACAAGAAAUAAAUUCAUUUCAUUUUGAUAUCAA